UGUUGUUGACUUGACUUUCUCCCAUCAGCAAAAUAAUAACAGACAGACCGGGUUAAAAAUAAAAUUGAAAUCUUGUGGAGAAAACCACUUUCAACUUAAAAUUAACAAUUAAACUACAUCAGCUCUAAAGUUCCCGAGCAAUAAUAUGGGGGUCUCACUUUUGCAGAUGUAUCCGGUGAAGGAGGGAUUGACGGGGACACAGACGAUUGAGCUGUUGACGAAGCGAGUGCAAACGUUGGGGGGUCAAUUGAGCGGUCAGUUCCUCGUCGACUGUGACACCUAUGGAUCCACCAUCCAUUCAAUGGGUGGUCAACAAUCUACACAUCGGGUACUGAAUGUUUUACAUAAUUCUGAACACCCUGCCUCUACUUUUGCCUUGUUGGAAGUUCCAGUAUUGAGUGCACCUGGAAAUCUCAAUUUACCUCCCGGGUCUGGUGUUAAGACCGUCUCUCUCGUUGCUGACAAUUUGUUUGAUCUUCUUGUUCAUAAAAUGUCUCAUGUGUACACUUCAAAAAAAAUUAAAAUAGAGUCCAAGGGCCCAAGGUUUGAGCUCGGAGACUUUGUGGUUAAAUUGGGGAGCGUUUUGAUGUCUCAGAACUUCAAGGGAGUAUUAGUAGAGGUAGAAUAUCGUCCGUGUUCUAUCGCCGAAGCCUGCUGGGAACUGUUGAUGGAAUUUAUGCAAGGAAUUUUAGGUCAAAAUGCCCAACUUUCUGUUCCUAGAACUCUGCAGGGGAUUUAUGUUGACCCUGAUUUUGCGUCUUUCCAGGCACGAAUGAAGGAGAUGUACACGCCGUUGGACACUAUACAUCAAUACAUGGACCAGUUCACUUCCUUCAGGAAACAAGCUAGUUUUCGAUAAUUUUUCAACAGCUUGUCUCCACUCGACUUUUACAAUUGUUUGUAAUUUAUUGAUUUAAUGUUGUUUAUUGUUACAAAUGUAUUUUGUAUUUGUUUAAGAUAUAUUCUUGAGAUAGAUAUAUAUUUAGCGAAGCUGAGUUGAGGUGAUAAAAUUGUAUUACGUGUUAUAUAAGGAUACUAACUUUUAAAAAAAAUCCUGUGUACUUUCUUUGGGAGAGAAAUAAAAUUACAAAGAUCUAUA